CACGCACGCACGCACAGUGCGCUUUAUAACUGAGAAGUUUCAAAUAAACACGCUUUAUUAACUCAUAAGCUUAAUGUCGGCUCUGCUGAAGAUUUCCACACCGAUGCUAUGGUUACCUUUAUUACGAUCUUACAGGUGAAUCUAGUAAUGUCCGUCCUGCUGUACGUGAUGUUCCUCGCGUACCUAUAUGGUAUCCAGGCGACAUCCAUGGACAGGCAACGGCCCUCGCCAGACCCCAUCAACUCCCUCAUUAUCAAGCUACUGCAGGCCGACAUCAGCCGGACCAGACCCAGGCAGCAGCAAGAGAGGCCAGCCCAGCACGUGCCACCUCCCUCGGGCAUGGUCCCAGCCACAGUCCCCUUGGGCUCCCGGGACGGAGUUUCGCCGCGGCGGAGCUCGGGCUACCAGCCGGUGACGGAUAUUUCCCUGGAGCUCCUGCAGCAGCACAAGCGCUACAACUCUCCGCGGGUGUUGCUAAGCGACCGGCCGCCCAUGCAGCCUCCGCCGCUGUACCUCAUUGACGACUUUGUGAGCUCGGUCGAAGGCGGCGGCGGCGGGAAUAAGACGCGGAAGAAGCGCUACGCCGAGCACAAGAGCUACCGCGGCGAGUACUCGGUCUGCGACAGCGAGAGCCAGUGGGUCACGGACAAGAUCAACGCCGUGGAUAUCCGCGGCAACAAGGUGACCGUGCUGGGGGUCAUCCCAAGCGUGGGCCGACCAGACGUCAAGCAGUACUUUUACGAGACCAAGUGUCGGAACUCCAAGCCCUUUAAGAAUGGCUGCCGGGGGAUCGACGACAAGCACUGGAACUCGCAGUGCAAGACGACGCAAACGUACGUGCGUGCGCUAACCCAGGACAAGGUGACCGUGGGCUGGCGCUGGAUACGAAUAGACACCUCGUGUGUGUGCGCGCUCUCGCGGAAACGCCGCAAGACGUAAAAAAAAGACAUGUGCGUGUGUAGGUGUACAACAGAGCACAAACUUACACACACAAACAGAUACACACACACACAAAUACACAGGACUAAACACUCAGCUAUACAACCACUCGGGGUUCUGAAGUGAAGUUCAU